AGUCAUGUUGCUUUUGCGUUUUAUUCGUAUAAAAGAUGACCGAAGUAUUUGAUAACGAGUUUUUAGCUUAGUCUAUUAAAGCGAAGCUCUGACGGACGGACGUAUCAUGGCACCUGAAAUUAAAUACACAAAGCUCUUCAUUGAUAACAAAUGGGUUGAUUCUGUGAGUGGGAAAACUUUCGACACCUACAACCCACAUGAUGGCUCCGUCAUUGCAAGCGUUGCAGAGGGAGAUAAGGCGGAUAUAGACUUGGCAGUAGCAGCAGCACGUCGUGCUUUUCAGCGUAACUCAGAAUGGAGACUACUAGAUGCAUCUCAGAGAGGACAGUUGCUGUUCAAGUUCGCAGAACUGGUAGAAAGAGAUGCCGACUACAUUUCACAGCUGGAGACUCAUAAUAAUGGCAUGUUACUUGCAAACUGCAAGCUAUUCAUAGGUCAAAGUGGUACCUAUAUCCGCUACUUGGCCAGUUUGGCUGAUAAAGUGCAAGGGAGCACUAUUCCAUUAAAUGGAGAAGUCUUCUCAUACACGCUCAAACAGCCGGUGGGUGUGUGUGGGCUCAUUUUGCCAUGGAACGGUCCUGUCCUAAUGUUUAUUUGGAAAGUCGUCACAGCAUUAGCUGCAGGAUGCACGGUGGUUGUGAAGCCCGCCGAGCAAACUCCGCUGACUGCAUUGGUAUUAGCCUCCCUAUUGGCCGAGGCGGGUGUUCCACCAGGUGUUGUCAACGUCGUCAACGGGUACGGCGAAACUGCGGGCGUCGCUCUUACACAUCACCCUGAUGUUGCCAAAAUUUCAUUCACUGGUUCACUCGAAGUGGGCAAGCUCAUUCAACAGGCAGCUGGAGCAAAUAACCUUAAGAGAGUGACAUUGGAGCUUGGAGGCAAGAGUCCUCUGGUUAUAAUGAACGACGCUGACUUAAAUCUGGCUGUUCCGUAUGCCGCGAAUUCUGUGUUCUGUCAUCAAGGACAAGUAUGUGUAGCUGCUUCGCGAUUGUUCGUUCAGUCUGGUAUUUACGACGAGUUCGUUAAAAGAGCCGCGGAAUAUGCGAAGAGCAUUAAAAUUGGUGCACCAACAGACCUUACCACACAGCAUGGACCACAGAUCGAUCAAAUGAUGCUGACGAAAAUUUUAGGCUAUAUCGAAAAAGGUAAACAGCAAGGAGCAAAACUUCUUGCUGGUGGAAAGCGUGUAGGCAACAAAGGUUUCUACAUCGAGCCUACAGUGUUUGCAGAUGUAACCGAUGAUAUGAUCAUUGCCCAGGAAGAGAUCUUUGGACCAGUGCAGAGUAUUUUGAAGUUUGAUACCCUAGAAGAAGUGAUCGAUCGUGCUAAUGAUACAGAAUACGGUCUAGCGGCCGGCAUAUUUACGACCAAUUUGAAUACCGCAUUACAGUUCAGCAAACACUCUGAGGCUGGAACUGUUUGGGUUAACAACUAUUUAACUAUGGGACCUCAAGCACCGUUUGGCGGCUUUAAGAAUUCAGGCGUGCACAGAGAAAAUGGAUCAGAUUGCUUGGAAGCAUAUAUGGAAGUGAAGACUGUUACCAUUGCAUUACCAAAGAAGAUUUAAAACAAUAGUUUGUUAAAGUUACAUGAAGAAGCAUUUGUUAUUAUAAAAAUUAACCUUGUAA